CCGUUUUUGCGUAAACAGUGUACUCGGAAAUCUGUGCUGGUACAGCAAUGACCAUACUUCUGAGCAAUCUCCCGUGACAGGGAGUGCCAACUCCUCUGCGCGGCAGCAGACCGGUUACCCCAGCCCAGAACGAGCGGGAGACAACCUGUGUGUAUACGUUACCUACCCUACCUUGCUUUGCAUAGUGACAUCAGAAGUGCCUGGAAAUCCGAACGUCAGUAUGAAAGGACUGUAUUGCAGGUUAAAUGACUCGGAAGAAGUGAAGUUUUUUAUUCAGGAAACGGAUGCGCCUACUACCAUCGGUAACCACCAGGUCAAGGUUCAAGUGAAAAGCUGUGCCCUUAGUCCAGUGGAUGUGAGGAUUUUUAAUGACUUGAAGUUGCAGAGGGACACAGCCCCAGUAGGAAGGGAGAUUGUGGGGACUGUUUGUCAAGUUGGGCCCAAGGUGACUUUUUUCCAACCUGAUGAUGAGGUUGUAGGUAUUCUUCCAUUGGAUACUGAAAUAUCUGGUUUAUGCAGUACCGUCCUCUUUCAUGAGCAGCUACUGGUCCCAAAGCCUGAGAAAGUGAGCUGGGUGUCAGCUGCAGGGGCGGUCCGUGAUGGGCUCAGGGCCUACACUGCGCUUCAUACUCUGGCCCACAUGGCUGUCGGUCAGACGCUGCUGGUCCUGGACGGAGCCAGUCCCUUUGGUGUUCUAUCUAUUCAGUUGGCCCAUUACCAUGGGGUGAAGGUCCUGGCAACAGCCCAUUCCCCAGACGACCAGAAGUUUCUUGAACAGUUGAGGCCUAGUGUGGGCACAAGGGAGUCUUUGCUGGCCCGUGUGAUUGGUGUGUGGGAUGCCAAGGUGGAUAUGGUCGAGUCAUGCCUUGAGGAGACAGGAGGGUUGGGAGUGGACAUAGUCAUUGAUGCUGGGGUGAAGCUUUAUGACGAGCAGCCCGAGUCACAUCAGCAACUUCCUCACAAGCAUGACAUCAUCACCUUGCUAGGAGUUGGAGGUCACUGGGUGACCAUGGAAGACAACCUACAGCUGGACCCUCCUGAUGCUCACAGUCUCUUCCUUAAGGCUGCGUCUUUGUCCUUCCUGAACGACGAGGUAUGGAUAGCCUCCACUGCUCGCCAGGGUCGAUACCUUCACAUCCUAAGAGAUGUAAUGGAAAAGCUUUCUACUGGAACAUUCAGACCUUUAUUGGAGGACCCAGUGCCUUUGUACGAGGCCACUGUAUCCAUGGAGAUGGUUCAGAAGAGGCAAGUGAGGAAAAGAGUGGUGGUCCAACUGUAAAGAAUUACACUUCCCAGCAUUUCUGAGAAACAGGGUCUUUACAUUUCCUGCAUAGACAUUAUUUUUAAUUUACACAAUGUUUCCAUUUAUUUAAUGGAUCCUGUCAGUCAAUGUCCUGUUAAAUGUUAUUAAUCAAGUUAUAUUUGUAUAAUUAUUAAACAUUACAAAUUGUUUUUGAAA